UGUGUUUGUAGGUUGAGCUGAAGGGGGAGGAGGGCUUUUUGGAGAAGAAGUUUGUGGAACAGAGAAGCAGCGGCAUUUUUCUUUUCCUUUCUAUUUUUUCUCUCCUCUUUCCAUGUAGCGCUUCAACAAGUUGAAACGCUGAAACGGAUCAAGGAAGAGCUGCUUUUGACCAGAACAGCUAAUUAUGGAAAUCCCUGCCAUAAAUCUAAAGGCCAUAGUACUGGUGCACUGGCUGCUUGCAGUAUGGGGAUGCAUGGCGUCCUGGCUGCCCAUGUCCUUUGCAUGGGGGAACUUCAGUGUUUUAGCAGUGGGAGUCUGGGCCAUUGCACAGAGGGACUCGAUCGAUGCCGUGCUCAUGUUUCUGAUGGGGAUGAUUGUGACGAUAUUGACUGACAUCAUCCAUAUUGGGAUCUUUUACCCCUCCGGUGAGUUGGGAUUAGGAAGAGGUCAAGACGUGUUACGCUUCAGCGCAGGAAUGGCCAUCCUCAACCUGCUGCUCAAACCUGCGUCCUGCUUCUUUGUCUACCAAAUGUAUCGCGAACGAGGAGGAGAUUACAAUGUCAACUUUGGUUUCCCCUCAGUAACACGAAACAGAGACGACUAUCAGUCCAUCGACCAUCCGGAUGAGUCUUCUAGUCCAGCAAAUCCCUUCAACCAGGCCCAGGACAGCAAACCAGGAGGCCGCACAUACUGAGAGCAGCAGGCGUUGAACAGUGCAGCGUUUUUCCUCUGACUUACAAGCAGCAGUGCAAACGUUACAGGCAAAUUCUACCAUCAAAUUCUAUGCUGUCUCUGUGUUUUGCACAGUUAGUUUCUCUGAGCUGAAACCUUUAUUACGGUAAAAUAAUUAUCUGUUUGGGUUUUAGAGUGAAAUGUGGCAGAAUAUCGAAUUUAAUUUCACAAAGACAGUCGUGUUAUUUGCAGAGCUGGCUACAAAAUUGCUGAAUAAAUGCAGAGGAAAAACUCUCAUCCUGCUCCCACGCUGUUACUGUUGUUACCACCUACUAUUUUAAGUAGACAGGUGUUGAAUGGAACUGUUAUACUGAGUCUUUUUUAUAAUGAAUGUGGCACUUACAGGCAUGAAGAAUUUCUCUUUGUGUUCUGUAACUUAUUAUUUUCUCCCUGUAUGCAAAAUUCAAUGAAUAUUUGCUGGUAGCAACGCUGAAAACACUGGACUGUUAGAAACAGGAGAGAAUUGAAAAUACUGUAUGUAAUGCUGUGCCUUAGAAGUUACCGUUUGCCUUUUUUCAGUUAUUGUGAGCUGUGAGAUCCUUCAACUGAACUGAAGACAUGAUGACUAAUUCUGACGUUACUGGCCUUUCUUCAUAGGAAAUUAGGUUAUUAGUACAGUGUGGCACACAGUGCAACACUGUUCUCUUAUCUUAUUUAGUAUCUAUGCAAAGUCCAAAUGAAAUGCAUGAAAACAUUAAGAUUGUUGAUUUCUGUAAUAGUUUCGUCCAUCCUUCCUACAGUUAUUGUCACAUCAGUGAAGGUCUUAUUAUGUAAAUCCUGUUUACAGUCAAUAAAUUACAGACCACAUGCUG